AUGGCCGAGGCGAAGCCGAGGUCGACAAACAUGUCAUCUGAGCCGACACAGGCCGAGCCAGAGUGCCUUCUUGGUGAUUUUGUUCCGAACCAUUUGGGCUGGGACCACAUAACUAGGGAACAAAUAAUAGAAAAAAAUCUAGCUAUAGCUAAUCAUUUAUACGGAGACAUAGGUACUAAAGCAGUGCUUAUUUUUGAUGGAACAUAUAUUUAUGUACAAAAAAGCGGAAACUUCUUGUUUCAAAAAAAAACAUACAGUCCACAUAAAUUCCGGAACUUAAUUAAACCGUAUCUGGUGAACAUUAAUUUCUAUUUCCUCCAAUUCAUGGUUUGGACACCAUUAAGCACCGAAGACGCCAACAAAUCCCGUCUAGUCACUAUUGUCAGGUGGGUUGUUGAGGUGAUAAACGGCCGGCUCAAAAGAUACUUCAAACUACUCAGACAGGUAUACUGUAAUAGAGCCCUGUCAGAUACCUUCAAUGACGUACGUAUUGCAGCAGCGCUCACAAACGUUUUCAAAGAGCCUUUAGGUGAUUCACCUUAUGCCAAUCAGAUUAUAGAAAUUAUAAAUGAAAGACGGGAAAUACCUAACUUGCUAGGAAAUUAUGUUGUUCAACACAAUAUAAAUAGACAAAGAGCAGCGUUUAGAAAUAUGACAGACGCAGAGGUCGUCGAAGUAACUAGAUUUCCCAGGCUCACUAUUGACGAAUUAGUCCUCAUAGCGCUGGGCACGUACCAAAUUAAGCUCGCGCGCUCAUACCUAAGCGAACAGGUUCGGAAUGGGGUGUACCAAAUUGAGAUUUGCGAAACUGCCAUUCCGAGCCUGGCAUAA